AUGUCUUCUUGGUUCGUUUUUGAAAAUUUUGACAUUUUAAUGGAGACCCCACAAGUAUUUGCUGAGAGAAUUCGAGUGGCUAGAAAUCACAUUCAGAAACGAAAACAGAGUUCCGAUUAUUUGAAUAUGAAUGACUUUGACAUUAUUCCAUUGUUUCCUUUAAAUUUUUGGAUUUACAAUUCAACAACAACACCAACAAACUUCAAUCUAGAGGACGAACUUUCUAACCUUCUGCUUUCGGAUCUAGUUGCAAAUACAACUCUACAAAAUCUAACUUGUACUCAUAGUAUCGUUCAUGACUCGAGAGUGAUUGAAAGAAUGCAUGGUGUGAUGGAUUUCACACCCAAACAACUCUCAUGGUCGUUCCAAUUUAUGAACCUUACUUUCAACCCUUCUUAUAACUAUACAUUUCUUUAUAGAGUAUUGCAAAAGUAUCAAACUGAUUACUCGACACUAAAUGGAAAUGUUACUUUAAGCACCUCACAAAUAGAUACGUUGUUGUGGCCUUCUUCGUGUCAUUACUGUCUCACAACAGGAUGUACAGCUGAAAAUUGGAGAUAUAACGAUUCAUUGGAUUUUGUAAUUUUUUGUUUGGGAUUUGUGUUUUACACCUGUCUAUUUGUCACACGUGCCUUUAAAUCUCCAGUGAUCUAUCGAAAAUAUGGAAUUGUAUUUGUGGGUCCUGUACUGAUCAUGGGAACCUAUCUUUCCAUGGUAAAUGCGUUCAACAACACAUGCCUCGAGUUAGGUGUCAUGUUCACAGUAUAUUUAGCCAUGUUAUUGAACACUAUUUAUUUAUUCACCAUAUUGAGGUACUUUUAUUUGAGGAGUCUGUAUGAAAUUGUGAAGCGUGUCAAGUAUCCUAGAUUCUUCAAAUUUUUGGCAAGUGACACUAUUGGUUUUGUUGUCACAUUAAUUUUACCGAUUCCUCUGUGCCUUAUUUUCGUUACUCCCGUUGCAGUCAUCUUCCCAAAUUACGAAUCAAUUCCAUACAACACUGCAAUCAAUAUAACCAUUGCACUUUCAUGCGGUCUCUCGUGCAUUGCUGGCGUUGUAUUUGUUUCAUACGAAAUGGUGAAAAAUCGAAAGGCUAUUCUAAAAUUUGGAUUUUUAAGAUUUCUCAUCUUUGAGGAUCCCUUUUAUUUCAGAGUAGAUCUUAUUUCAAUGGCAGUUGUAUUGAUCUUACUCAUCUUAUUAGCCGUUAUUUUUCUCAUAGAGCCAAAAUCAUUGUAA